AGCUCGGAAUCAAGGCGUCUCCAAGUACUAUCAUGAGUCCAGGUGACCUCAUCUUUGGCAAGCCGGUUAUGCUGCAUACAUAUACCGACAAAACUUUGGUUAAUACGGAAGGCGUCGAAGCUGGGCUUGUGGAGAAUGCAGGCGGGGUUGGAGCUUGCGUCCAGCUCGUCCGCAAUUAUGACGGGACUGUGUCCAUCCAGUCGAUGAACAACAAGCACUACCUGACAGUGGCAGACGAUCACGACGAAAACCCGACCUGCCAGUUUGACACUUGUGCAGUCAAUAAAAAGUCUCAGAAGUUUCGCCUAAAGCUGGUCGAUGAACGCGCUUUCAUCCUGAAAUCUGAAAAAACUGGAGAUUUGCUGGGACUCUUGAAUGAUGAGAUUGUGGGUGUAAGAAAACGUCAUCUCACUGAUCAUCCGUCAUCAAUGCUAUGGAUGUUGAAAGAACCUACCGACGGUGUGUUGUCUUCAUCGCUAUGCGAUGAUCUCGGCUUUACCGAUGUCACUCCUGUCCAAGCUGCCACGGUAGUCAAGAGCGCAAUUCAGAAGGAUGAGUUAAAAAAGCGCCAUGACACCAUUGUGAAAUUGGCACUGGCUGGCGCGUCGGUGGAAUACAUCGAUGGCAUUCUUUUGCGCCUGUACGGAUCGAACAGUGGCAAAGAGCUUUAA